AUGGAGGUCUCAAUACCCCCAACAACGAUCACGACGUCUGAAGAAACGCUAAAAGAUGGGCAUGAACCUCGACUGGUCUUAUCUACUUUCUCCGAUUUGCCCGAUGUGCCGUCACAUAGUCCGUCCACAGAGCUUCCUGAUAUAAGCCUUUCCGAGACAGUCCAAGGAGAGUCGAGCGAAAGCAUCACAAAGACCCUGUGUGAUGCCCCUGAAAAGAUCACGGAGUCGUGCGAGCAGGAGCUUCCUGCUCUUUCGCAGAAGAACCCCCUGUUUCCACCGCUCCCGUCCUAUGAAACACCAAGCAUGAGCGGCAGUAUCAAGUAUCUGAUGAUUCGGUUAAUUGCAUUUGUACUCUCACUCAGCUUUCUGACUGCAAUCUUCGUGGGUGCCUUAUCACGAACGGUGUGGACGGUACUGGGAAAUGUUGGGUUAAGACUGCGUGGUAAGCCCGAGCCAGGCCGAAUUUUCGAGGCCGAGGAGAAGAAGCGACGACUAGCACGCGAUGCCGCGCACAUGGAAUGGCAUUUGCGACUUCAAAACCAGCAGCUGGACGCGGAGCAAGGCCAGGAUGAAUGUCCACCGCUGGAAGGGGGCAAGGAUCGACUGGUGUGCGACGUUGCCUAUUAUGCCAGACGAGUGGGACUUGAUGUCGAGACCUUUCGUGUCCAGACCGAAGACGGAUACAUCAUCACACUUUGGCAUGUCUACAACCCUAAGGAAUAUGCACCACUGUCGGAGGAGCAACGUCGAGAGCGUGGACCCGAGGUCUUUACUGGCGCGAACGCGAAAAGCUGUGCCAAUACCAACUCCAACGUCAAACCUCGAUAUCCCGUCCUUUUGAUGCAUGGAUUACUACAAAGUGCUGGCGCAUACUGCACCAAUGACGAUGACAGUCUCGCGUUUUUCCUUUGUAAGUCUGGAUACGACGUGUGGCUGGGAAACAAUCGCUGCGGAAUGACGCCCGAGCAUGCCACAUUGUCCCCGUCGGACCCCCGCAUGUGGUCCUGGGACAUUCGCCACCUGGGCACUCUUGACCUAGCGGCCCUGACAUCCCGCGUGCUGUACGAGACUGGCUUCGAGAAGUUGGGUCUGGUCUGCCACUCGCAGGGUACCACCCAGACUUUUGUUGCUCUGGCAAAAGAACAUCGCCCCGAACUGGGCAAAUACAUAUCGGUGUUUUGCGCCCUCGCACCCGCUGUAUAUGCCGGCCCUCUCGUUCGAAGAUCUUACCUUCGAUUUAUGAGUAAACUGUCACCGGAGACGUUUCGCCUCUUCUUUGGAAUCCAUUCGUUCAUUCCCUUUAUGAUGGCCGUGCAUCGGGUCUUCCCUCCCAAAAUUUACGGCGUGCUGGCGUACUGUGUCUUUUCCCAUCUCUUCGGCUGGUCCGAUUGCCGAUGGGAACGAGAUCUCAGGGAUCGCAUGUUUCAGUUCGCUCCUGUAUAUGUCAGCGCUGAGCUCAUGCGGUGGUGGCUUGGCGGCGAGGGAUUCGCCAAGCACAAGUGCAUCCUCGCACCGGAGGAACAAGAUGCAGAAGACACCGAGAUGCCCCGAUUCACCGACGAACCUAGAUCUGUUCGCCCAGAAGACGCCAUGAACCACGGAGAAACCGACCGCACUCCCAAGAGUCCCAACAAACAAUCAUGGUACGGCGCUCAGACCCCGCCCUUUGCCCUGUGGAUCGGAGGCUCCGAUGCCCUCGUGGACGGACGUAAGUUAUUGACUCGAUUCGACCGUGGCCUCGAGCCUCAAGUGAACGUCGUGCAUUCCAAGAUCAUCGAGGAAUAUGAACAUCUCGACGUCCUGUGGGCCAUGGACGCGGUUGACCAAGUCGGUAAAGAAGUCCGCCAAGUCAUCUGGGAGACCAUGCCUCACGGAGCACGUGUCGCUUGUCGAAGACCUCGUGGCGUUAAUUAG